GAAUUUCUGUUUUAAGAAAUAGAGUAGAUUUUGACAUAUAUAAAUGAAUAACUACCACUAAGCACGUGCUAUCAAUUAGUCUCAAACUCCUAAAAGUCAUAACACUGUCUCACUCAAAGUAAAAACCUCUUCUUCUGAACUGAAGCUGAACAAAAGAACAAGAAUCAAAUCACAGAUCUUCAAAUCACAAAAAAAAUGUUCAAGCUUGAAGCAUUAUAGGAGUAUUCUUUUUGGUGAGUUUUUUUGGGGGAAAAGGAAGUGAAACCCUUAAAAGGAUAUAGAUAAGGUUAGGCUUCUUAGGGAUAUAAGAAUCAUGAUUGUUGAGGAGGAAAGUAACAAUAGAGGAGAAUUUCAGGCUAGUUUAGCUAAACUCUCUUCAUUAAGGUCAGGUGGAAGUUUUAAAUCAACGUUAUCUGGAAGAUCAACUCCACGAAAUUCUCCUACAUUUCGAAGAUUAAAUACUAGUCGAACACCGAGGAAAGAUGGAAGGAGUGUUGGUAGUUCACUGUGGUUUCGGAGCAAUCGUGUGUUAUUGUGGUUGCUUUUGAUUACCCUUUGGGCUUAUCUUGGGUUUUUUGUUCAGUCCAGGUGGGCACAUAGCGAUAAGAAGGAGGAAUUUUCUGGCUUUGGAACCGGGCCGAGAAAUACCGGCUCAAAUGAUGAUUCGACGAGUCUUCGCCGUGAUUUAAUUGCUAGUGAGGACUCCUUGUCUGUUAAUAAUGAGACUGUUAUAAAUAAAGGAGGGGUUGGUAGAACAAUAAAUGUAGCUUUGGCGAUGAAAGGAAAUGAUGAUGAUGAUGAUGAUGUUCCAUCUCGUCGUAAAGCAAGCUCGAAGAAGAAGAAGAGCAAGCGUUCUUCGAGAGGUAAAGCCCGUGGUAAGAAUAAACCAAAAGUGGAAAUUAAGAACAAUGAUAUAGAGGAGCAGGAACCAGAAAUUCCUGAAACCAAUAGUACAUACGGAUUACUCGUUGGUCCAUUUGGCUCAACGGAGGAUAGGAUUUUGGAAUGGAGUCCUCAGAAACGUUCUGGGACAUGUAAUAGAAAGGGGGACUUUGCACGUCUUGUUUGGUCGAGAAGAUUUAUUUUGAUAUUCCAUGAGCUUUCCAUGACCGGAGCUCCACUUUCAAUGAUGGAGUUGGCAACAGAGCUUCUGAGCUGUGGGGCCACUGUUUCAGCUGUUGCCCUUAGCAGGAAGGGUGGUUUGAUGUCAGAGCUUGCGAGACGACGAAUCAAGCUGCUUGAGGACAAAGCAGAUCUCAGCUUCAAAACUGCAAUGAAGGCUGAUCUUGUAAUUGCUGGUUCAGCUGUAUGUGCAUCAUGGAUUGAACAAUAUAUUGAGCAUUUUCCUGCUGGUGCGAGCCAAGUUGCUUGGUGGAUUAUGGAAAACCGUCGAGAGUACUUCAACCGUACAAAGGGUGUCUUGGACAGAGUAAAGAUGUUGGUUUUUCUUUCGGAAUCCCAAUCUAAACAAUGGCAAAAAUGGUGUGAAGAAGAAAAUAUAAAACUGAGAUCCCGCCCUGAAAUUAUUCCUUUGUCUGUGAAUGAUGAACUGGCAUUUGUAGCUGGCAUUCCUUCUACACUUAACACUCCAUCCUUUGAUACUGAUAAAAUGAUUGAGAAGAAACAGUUGUUGCGAGAAUCAGUCCGGAAAGAAAUGGGGUUAACUGAUCAUGAUAUGCUUGUGAUAUCAUUGAGUAGCAUCAACCCCGGUAAGGGCCAGCUAUUGCUUCUUGAAUCGGCAAUCUCAGUAGUAGAACAUGGACAGUUGCAAGAUGAUAAGAAAAUGAAAAAAUCGUCAAAUAUAAAGGAAGGCCUAUCUACUCUGACUAGAAAACAACGUAUUAGAAAAUUGUUACCGAUGCUGAAGGAUGGCAAAGUAGCUUUGAAGGACAUCUCAAUCAAUUCUUUAAGCAGAAGGAAACAAGUGUUGCCUAAUAACAAAACAACAACGCAACAAUCUCUCAAAGUUCUUAUUGGCUCUGUUGGAUCUAAAAGUAACAAGGCGGAUUAUGUUAAAAGCCUUCUAAGUUUCUUAGCACAGCAUCCAAACACUUCAAAAACAGUUUUGUGGACUCCAUCCACAACACAGGUUGCCUCACUAUACUCUGCUGCAGAUGUUUAUGUCAUAAACUCUCAGGGACUUGGAGAGACAUUCGGACGGGUGACUAUAGAAGCAAUGGCAUUUGGUCUUCCGGUUCUUGGAACGGAUGCCGGGGGAACGAAGGAGAUAGUUGAGAACAAUGUUACAGGUCUUCUUCAUCCAGUUGGACGUGCAGCAGGAAACGAUGUCCUUGCACAGAAUCUUGUGUAUUUACUUAAAAACCAGUUGGCAAGGAAGCAAAUGGGAAUGGAAGGAAGAAAGAAGGUGGAGAGGAUGUAUUUGAAGCAACACAUGUAUAAGAAAUUUGUUGAGGUUAUUGUUAGGUGCAUGAGAAACAAAUAAAGCCUUCUAAUACUCAUUCUUUUUUCUUUUGUAACUGGAAUAUAUUCACUUAUUCACAAUACAUAAUAAUCUCAUCAAUGCAGGGUGUCAUAUUGUGCCAAUUUAUGACUACCUACCUCUUCUCUC